CACAGGAAUAGUUGAAAUGAUCACUUCCCCGGCCACAGAGAGAGAGGGAGCGAGAGGUAGAGUUCAACAACUGGGGUGAUUGGAGGAAAGAAGGAGUGAAGGAAGAAAGCCGGGAGUAGAAAGAUAGUCGGCAGCACAGAGGAAAAGCCACAGGACGGGACAAUUUGGGAUGAGAGGAGCGCGGAUCUGACAUAUUCCUCACCGUCUGGACAUCUCCCGAUCGCGACACCGAAUCAUGUUGCCUCUGAAGGUGUGGGUUGUUAUACUGAUCUCCGUACACUGCAAACUCGUUCAGAGUUGCCCCGGAGGUUGCCAGUGCAACCAGCCGCGGACCGUCUUCUGCCUCAGUCGCAAGAAUCACAACUUCCCCAGCAGGGUACCCCAGAACACCAUUAACCUUUACCUCUUUGAGAAUGGCAUCAGCUCCGUGGAAGAGAGUAGCUUCAACGGCCUGUGGGACUUGCAACUUUUAGAUCUGUCACACAACCAAUUGUCUAGUCUGCCUGGUGGAGUCUUCAAGAGCUUGGCAAACCUCAGCAACCUGGAUCUCUCAUCCAACCAACUGAGUGAGAUCUCCGACGAUACGUUUCAAGGGCUGGGAAGGCUGGAAAGACUCUACCUUAAUGGAAACCGCAUUCGCAGCAUCCACCCAGAUGCUUUUAAGGGCCUUGAGAACUUGUUAGAACUUAAAUUGAGGGGUAAUUUGUUGAUGGAGCCUCCAGCGUUCUCCCUGCCUCAACUUCUGCUACUAGAUCUAAGCUACAAUGCAAUCACUUCCAUCCAAACCGGCGUCUUCCAUGCAACAAACAUCGAGACCCUUCGCUUGGCUGGUCUUGGGUUGAAUGAGGUCCCAGAAGAACUGUUCAAUGGCCUCAAAAAUCUUCAUGAACUCGACCUCUCCGAAAAUAAUCUCGACAGGGUGCCCUCUGGGCUGCGUGAUUUAACUAAGCUCAAUUUAGCUGGCAAUACUGGCAUUUCUCAACUACAAACAGAUGAAUUCUCAAGCCACCCUGCACUACAGGAGUUGGAUUUAAGUGGGCUAAGCCUACACACUCUUCCAAAGGGGCUAUUCAGCUCUUGCCCUCGUCUACGUUCAUUAAGCCUAGCGCAAAAUCCUUUCAACUGCGUGUGCUUACUGGGCUGGUUAGCUGAAUGGCUCAGGGUCAGUGGGGUCAAUCUGCAACGUUCAGACGAGACUCGUUGCCACUUCCCCCCAAAGAAUGCCGGCAAGAUCUUGCGUCAGUUACGUGACUUUGAGUAUGGAUGCCCAGCUCCGACAACAGUCCUUGUGCCUACCACUAUGACACCCAGCACCACCACUCCUUUGCCAACGACAACAAUGCCGUCGCCUAAAGAUGAACCCACCACAUCCCUCACCACCACCACUCUAUCCGACCACCCGACUGAAGAAGACCCAAUUCCUACAGAUCAGUUCAGUUUCAAAGACCAGCAGUGCCCACCCCACACCUGCUUAAACGAUGGCAUUUGCCAUCUUGAUCACAAUGGAGAAGUGGUUUGCGAAUGCCCUGAUGGAUUUUAUGGUGUGUAUUGUGAGAUGGGCACUCUGACAACGGCUCCGGUUUCCAUACAGCCUUCCCUACAGCUACAAAUUCUCGCCGUAACAGGCAGUUCCAUCCAAGUGGACCUUCAAAGUUACAGUCGAACCAAAAAACAUAUACGGGGAAUCAAACUCACUCUUAGGAACCUUUCUGGGUCAGACCGCCGACCUCUUAUCUACAGUCUACCUCCGGCUCUCUCUGAAUACACCGUCAGGGCCCUCGCACCUAACAGCACCUACAAGCUUUGCCUAGGAACUCUUGGCGAGGGGGGUAUUGAUGAUGAGCUGUGCACAGAAGCUCAGACGGCAUUAGAAUCACCACAAUCCAGUGCCCAUGUAAACCACACACAAGAUGGCAACCUGACUCUAGUAUUAGUGCCCGCGGUGGCUGCCGGCAUCCUCUUGUCCAUUGCCGUGGCAAGUGCAAUUUGUUAUGCAAAGAGACGAAACAGAAAGGGCCACGCAGGAGAGGAUGCGGGGCCUCUGGAGAUGGAAGGAGUAAAAAAAGGCCUAGAUGGAAAGGGGGAACUUAAAAAACUGUCUGAGAGUCCAGUUGGGCCACAGAGGAAAGGCGUGGAAUCGGAGGAGCCACUCAUGGAUCCUACAAGGCUUGGGAACAACAACGACCACACUAUAGGUAGGCUACCUCACUCAUAUUUCUAAGAGGAAUGCUGGUACUUUGUGUGCCAACUACCUUCCUUGGACCAAAUUCAGUAUCAAACAGAGGGAAAAGACCUGAAAUACUUUCCCUCCGCCAUAAGGUCUGAACUUACUGGGUGGCAUGCCCAGGAACAGCUGUGCUGUCUAAGGACCUUUAAACGAGGAAUCAGUUCUCCUCCAAAAACAAAGUACUCUGUUCAGGAACUUAUUGAUGACAGCUUGACAGAGAACUCAACUGGAGGCGAGGAAACCAGCUUCUCGCAUUAUAGACCUUACCUUGGUAUGUUCUACACGAACCUGUUUACAAACUUUAAUUAAACAUACUAAGGGCGUAUGAGAUCAUUGCUGUCUGGCAAACAAUUGCGUGAUAAAGGGCCCAAUCUGCAGCCCCGUGGCAUCAUGGGAUUCGUAGUUUGCCAAAAACAAGAGGGAUGCACUUUGCCCAACCUUUGACUAAAGCUUAGGGGGCUCAUGCACUGAGAACUACCGGGGUGCUUUGAACGCCCCUAAAAAGGAGUAGAAGAGAAGAUGCUCGAGGUCUUUGCUGCCUAGUACAAACUUAUACAUUUUGGCAGAACAAUGUACCCCCCCACCACCAAUACUUUACAAAACUAAGAUGUUAAUAUCUAGGCUGGUCUAACAUAAAGUGUCAUAUUAAUUUGGGGUUGUUUUUGUACAAGGCACCGAUUGCUGGACAAGGUGGCGCCAUAUUGUAGCGAUCUGCACAAGGAUAUGGGACCAGCCGCCAUGUAAUAAAAAUUGAAUUUUUCUUAUAA